UUGAAGAGUGUGUUGUGCAUGUUCAGCUGAGGGCUGAGGGCAUCUACACCACAUAGAGAUGGCAGCCCUUCAGUAAGAUGUUGGAAACAUCCCUAACUGACAGAAAUCAUUGUCUUCAUUUUCAUCCCACAAGACUGACCUGGACCGUUAAAUGCCCUCUCAAUAUAAAGGGCUAAGAUGUUUGUGGUCUCCUUGCCAAGAUGUCUACAGAUCUGUGUGUCUUUGGUAAUGGUGUCCAGACUACAAGGCAGGGUUUCAGCUCCAAUACGUCUGGAGGCCCUGGUUGAACUGCCCUUCACUCUGAGCUGUACGCUUGUCAAGGCCAGAGGAGAAUCGGUUCAUCAGAUACGCUGGUUGGAUGUGCAGAACCAGACGUUAAUCGCUUACCAGCCUGGUGAAAAAGACAGUGUGAGUGGACAACAGCAUGUGGAGCUAGCUCCUUCACCACGAGAUGCCAGUGCCAUCACCAUCAAACGGGUCAGCUACAGGGAUGAGGGCUGUUACACUUGCAUCUUUGAUGUUUAUCCCAAAGGCUCAAGAGAAGGACAAACCUGCCUUACUGUCAUAGCAAAGGUGAUCUCAGAGGGCAAUAAGACUGCAGUGGGUGGUAAACAAGCCUCUCUGGCCUGUCGGUACGGCCUACCGGAGAAAGUCAAGCAGGUGCUGUGGAAGAAGAUUGUUAAUAAAGCAGAAUCCCGUGAAGUUGCAUCUUUUGCAAAGCAGAGUGACCCUGUGAUUGAAGAAGAGUUUGUGGACCGUGCGAGCCUGAGCCCUUCCCUGUCUGACACGCAGCUCACGUUAUGGCCGGUCCGAGCUGAAGAUGAGGCCUGCUACACCUGUGAGUUCCACAUGUACCCGGACAUCACUAAGAGUGCCAUAAGUUGCCUCACUAUAUUUGUCCUGCCAAAACCUCAAGUAAGCUACAAGACCACAUCUCCAGGAGUAAUCGAGGCUAACUGUACUGCCGUGGCCCGGCCACAGGCUGAAAUAGUGUGGAAUGUGGAGGGGAAUAACCAGACCAUUGGUCCACCUGUGACCACUGCUAUCCAGCAGAGUGACGGGACGACUCUGGUCAUCAGCACCUUGACCAUCCAGGCUGGACUCCUGAAGGAUGUCUCUGUCAAAUGUCUCGUUCAUCAUAAAGGACUGGAGACUGCCAUUGCUGUUUCCAUGAACACUAAAAUUGGCACAGCGCUCGCUAUCUUGAUCUCUGUGACUACUGUAGCGUUCCUUCUAGUCCUCUGCCUCUGUUUCUGUUUGUGGAAGUGUGUCCUGCGUAAGGAUGAACCUGAAGAGCAUCAGGUACCGAGAAGACCGAGAGGGACAGACAGUUGAAUAGUGAAUCAUUUUGAUUGCGGCAGACGACAAGCUUCAGUUCUCUUUACAAUACGGAUAUGCUGAGACAUCGGUGAAGAUGAAAAUCUACUGUCAUCAUGUUCCCUGCUUUUCCAGCCAAAGAAUCCCAGUGACACGUCUCUACAUGAGGAAACGUGCUACAUUUUGAAGAAUUUCUAAAUCCAUCACUAAUAUGAAGGUUGCAGAAGGCAUUUUAUCUUGGUACAGAGGGGAGUUUAAACUUAGUAUUUGUCUGUUUUAAUACCCAUUUGAAGGUGUAAAAGGACAACAAAAACUUCUUAAAACUUCUUAACUUCUUGAAUUCUAU